UGUAGUGAUACAGUCCAAAUUUGUUGGGAUCCAAAUUUUUCAAUGAAACAAAAUUGUGACAUCCUUCCAGAAGAGUCUUCUAUCACAACAAUCCAAAAAAACAGACACUCCACCUGUGGUACAGUACAGCAAAUGGCAUUUUUUCUGCACCUAGGAAACAUCUGUAGAACUACAAGCUGGUUUCUGAAAGCAAACCACAACCACUAGUGCUAAUCCUAAAUGCUCAAACAAACCAAGUGGACCCUAUCUUCUUGAAGACAUUUCACAUUAUUCAGAAGGCUUCUUUAGUGCUAAACUUGUGUUAUCAAAUAAGUAGCUAAUUAGUUGCAGUCAGAACAACCGCACCAAUACGACCACUGAUGUCAGUGAUGGGGGCAUUAAAGACGCGCAUGUCAUUGGUCCUCCCGUCUACUUGGUUCAAUCUUGGGUCAUUGUCACUCAGGAUUCAUUUGUCCAGGUUGACUCUACACCAACCCGCCUUCAGCAGAAUCCCCAUGCAUGUAGAUUGAUACCGAACACAGAUGUAGACGCUGCAGUCACCUUGAAAAAAAAUCCCCUGCGGUCUAUAAAUAUGUCUGUGAGCACCGGUUGGAUCUUUUGGUGCACAAUUGUGUCAUCCGUCUACUGUCCCCUCGUGUGGUGACGGUGGUUUGACCUACUCAGCAAAAGUUUCCACCAGUGGAAACGCUUGUUCUUGCCAAGACGGAGGAGGCUGCAUGGCCUUGAGCUUCCAGCUCCACCAUAUCUGUGUGAUCUGGACUUGCUGUGAACAACUGGAACAACAAAAGUUGAGCGACUGUAGGACAUUUUGAACUUGAGGAAGAUGUAAAGGACAUGUAUGACUUUAGAUCAGCUUCGGUUGAUAAAGUCUCUUUCUGUCUCUCCAGAUUUAAAAGAAAAAAAAAAUUUAAGAGGAGAAUCCCAUGUUACUAUUGGAAAGGUUCCACAAACCAAAGGCUUUCUUUAAAGAAUCUAUAAUCAUUGUAGAAUAUUCCAGCUCAGAUUUUACCAUUCAAAGAAUUGUAGAUGAUAAAAGGCCUCAAAGGGCCUUUUAAUCCAUUUAGUGGUCAAUCAGAUGUUAGAAAUUAGAUAUUGUGGUUUUAUUGUUAUGUGAUCUUUUGCCACAGAAUCCUGCUGGUCCUCUACAGCCAUUAGAUAAAAAGGUAAUCCCAUUUGAGAACGUGAAAAAUCUGGAUACCAGAGGAACUGUGUGACGGGUCAAACUUAAAAACAUAUUAUCCAAUUGCUACUAUGUCAAGUAGAAAAGAUACCAGCAGUGAUUAAUUGUGUCUGCCAAUCAAUCUACCAAGGAUUGGAAGAUAAUUUCCAAACAUCUUGACUCAAUGGGUCUAGAGUAAGAGUGGUUAUUCAUUGGAAGGACUCUGAACACCUCUGAGAAACAGAGAACCUGGUAAAAUGUGACAAAGUGCUGUCCUCUAGGAGGUAGGGAUUACUUGAAGUCACUGAUGGCAGAUUUUUAAGUACCAACUUCUCAAAUGACUGGUUCUUUCUUCUUUUGGUGUAAAUUUGCAACCAAGGUAGACGAAACACCAUCUCUAACUACACAACACGCCAAACACCGAGGCAGGUAGGUUACAGCAGCAGAUGUCCAUACUUGGGGACCACUAUUGUUAGCUAAACACCAAAAACUGUUUAUCAAGAUUUGAAUAUCAAGUAGAGAACAAUGUCCUGUUCCAAUAAGUCUUGAUUCUACAUUUGGAAUGUGCUACAAUCUAGUGUCGUUUUUCAGCCAUGACAAACCCACGAUGCACAGAGCCACCAGAAACCUCGGGUAAGUCGUCUCCACUCUUGGUGCUCCUGGGGACUUUUAAAAAAAAAAAUACUUUCACUUCAUUUGCCGAGGUAAUGGACUCUAGCUAUUUUUAUUUUCAAGUUCUGGCAUUUCAGUAGAGACUUAAUAAAAUAAAAAUGUCCAACAUUAGAUCAAAGGUGCGGUUAUACAGGUGGACUGGUAGUGAAGGACCCUGGAGGAGAUGGAGAAGGAAAACGUCACGGGUGUGCUAACAGAUGACCAUUGGAUCGUCCACCAUGAACCACUGCGUGCCCAUGUCAACAUUGAUACUUUUUUUUUUGCUGGAGCGAGAGUCUUCAAAACCAAGCUAAUUCUCUCAGGAAACAAAUAUGCUCCAAGAAAUCUUGUGUCAUUUUGUGCUGCCAAACAACGGAGAAGCAGCUCUUUACAGGCGUCUUCACAAAUACACGGUACAAAGCUUGAGAUACUUGACACUGAGUUCGUACGCUUCAUACGCUGAAAGCUAAACCUGAGUCUGUCGGUGCUGCAGAGUUUCUGCGUUACAUCCUGACAUCAAUGCCAAGCUGCUCAAACGCUCCGCAUGUUCGCUCACGCGAACAUCCUAAAGGAGUCGUCUCACUUCACUCAAAUGGAAGAUUUACUCAACUCAGAGCUUAAUCCCAAAACACUGACCAAGUUGUAUCCAAGAUGAGACACCAGCUAUCUGGCAGAGUCACUUUUAGAUCUUUUCCUUGUGCUGUUACAAGACGUUUGAUUUUCCUUUGAAUAAAAAAUUAUGUUUUGCUUGUUUGCCAGUACAAGAAUGUUUCCACUCAAAAUUACUCAAGUAAAAAAUGGUUUUACAUAACAUAGACUUUUUUAAUUCCAGGUUCAGUAUGCGCAGUAAGUCUUCAAUAAAAGUUAAACCAGUCCAGUCCUCAACUAGUACCUUUUUUUUUUUUUUUUGGCCCUCUGUGUAUUGGAGUUUGACCACCUGAUUUACAAUAUAAGACAUUUCACUAUAGUGACCAAUGAUUAAGUAGCGUUAUCCCAGAUAUGUCUUGGAUAACUUCUACCAACCUGGAAUGUAAUAGUUCCCUUUGUAAAUCGAGAUGACCGAGUCUCAACCAUUAACACUGAAAGCAGACACUGGUCAUGUGAGGCUUGAGUCCACUCUGAUUGGCUUGUCACAACCAGUCUUGUCUCUAGGAAGUAGAGCACAGUAAGAGAUUCUAUCAGUGAAGCAAAACCAUUUAAAGAAAAUGAUUCCUCUUGUGUUUAUUGGCUAUGUGACAUGUCUGAUCCUGGGUAAGUUGUGACUUUAAAAGUUUUUUUUUAUUUUCUCUUCAAUGUUCCAGCCUUAGCAGAAAGUUACGUGUCUGUGUUUCUUCUCCAUUUUCAGUUCAUUUGGAAGCUCAGACUCCAUCACCGUCUUUGCAUUUUGAAUCAGUCAGCGUCGGCUCAGAUGUGACUUUAAAGUGUUUCUAUAAAGAAACUGAUGGAGUGAUUUUCUACUGGUAUAAACAAACUCCAGGGCAGAAACCACAGCUGAUGUCAGAGUUUUAUAAAUAUAAGAGAAAUGGCUCACUUACGGGUGAAUUUUGCAAUGAUCCACGAUUUGAGCUGGAAACUGGCAAAGACAAAAACCACUUGAGGAUCUGCAAUGUGCAAAUGUCAGACUCUGCUACUUACUACUGUGCAGGAGUUCAUACAUAUCUGUAUACAUUUCUAGAGGGCAUUACAGUCCAUGUAAAAGAACCAAAUCUGAACAUUUGGACCUUGGUCGAUCAGUCCAGAUCUGAGAUCAUCCAGCCAGGAGGUUCUGUGACUCUGAAGUGUACGGUACAAAGCGGGACCUGUGAUGGGCAACACAGAGUUUUCUGGUUCAGAAACUCUGAAGAACACCUUCCAGAGAUCAUUUACACCAAUGGAGCCAGUGAUGACCAGUGUAAGAAGAAGCCAACCACACAGGCACACAGCUGUGUGUACAGCCUGUCCAUAGAGAGUCUGAACGCGUCCAAUGCCGGGACCUACCACUGUGCCGUUGCCUCAUGUGGACACAUUCUGUUUGGAAAGGGGAUGCAGCUGGACUAUGAGAAAAAGUCUGACUCCCUUGUCCUGCUGUACGUCUUGAGUGGAGCUUUAGCAUUCAGCAUCAUCAUGGUGGUAAUUCUGGCUACAAAUGCAGAUGAUUACGAGGAUGCAGAAAAUCUCCAUUAUGCUGCUUUAAGCAGUAGAAAACUCAGCAGAUCGAGAGGGAAGAGGGACGCCACCAGUGAAGUUGUGUACUCCAGUGUUGGGCCUCAGAACUGAAGUUGCUUCUUUGUGUUGUUAGGCUAAUGCAGUGGUUCCCAAAGUGUGGGGUGCGCCCCCUAGGGGGGCGCCGUGCCAUUGCAGGGGGAGCACAGGAAGCGAUAUGGAUAAAUGAAAAAAAAAAAAAACAGUUACAUAAAAGUGUUUCACUGUUAAAAUGGC